UUUGGAUUCAGGUUCUCCUCCUUCCACCCCACCCCAACCCACAUUCACCCUGCCAAUUGUGACGUCAGCUGGGGAGGGGGUAUCUGGCCGGAAAUCCCUCUUCCUGUUGCAGAUAAGCCCGGUGCAGCCCAGCUGACCCCAGGUCCUCCUCCCCCACCACCUCCCAUGUCGCGGGAUCAAAUCCCCAAGUCUGAGCACCUCUCCACUAAGCCCCUCGCCCCGCCCUCAUCACCCCGUAAACACCUCUCGGAUGGGACUCGCCCAGCUCGCUGUCCCCCAAAAGCUCUCGUCCAAGCUCAAAAUGCCCACCCUGGCAAUGAAACAGCUUCAGAGCCAGUGGCAUCCCUGAGGCCGGGGGCGCCACUCGGCCCCGCCCCAACCCCUGCAACCCGACCCAAUCUGCGACCCCCUGCUCUGACGUCUCGGAAAAUUCCCCCCUGCCCAGGCUCCCGAGGGAGGGGGUGCAUGGUAUGAAAUGGAGCUGAGACCCCCGGUUGCGGGCAGAGGAACCCACCAGAGAAUAUUCAGAAGGAGCAUCCAUGGACUUGUGGAAUGGGGAUGAAGCAUCACCACAGGAAGUGCCUCCGGGGAACCAGCUGUCAGGGUUGGAAGGCGCUGAAUUUGGCUUCUAUUUCCCUGAACUGGCACUCCAAGGAGAAACGCCGACAGCGGAGACAUGCUGGAAAGGAUUUCCAGAGCUGGACUGGAGCCCCUCCUUAGCACAUCCAGAAGCUUCAUGGGGGGCAGAGCCAGCCCCUCAGGCCCUUGCGUGGUCAGGAGACUGGGCAGACCUGUCCCGCACCACCUGCACUGCCUCGGACCCUUGGAACCACGCCUCCCAGAUCCUGGGCCCCGCCCCUGGUCCUGUCCCCUUCACUGGUUCCGAAGGGACGGUGGGCCAGAACUGUGACACCACGUGGUCGCACAUCCAGGCUGCCAGAAACACCAUCAGCUGGGACUGUUCUGUGGGCUCCCACGGCGCCACCUACUGGGGCAACGGCCUCAGCGGGGAACCGCGCGCGAACUGUGCCAUUUCGUGGAGUGAGCCGGUGGGUUCGAACUGUGCCACCUCGUGGGAUCCGGGGCUGCAUACAGAGUGCAGCAUCUCUUCGAAGGGGUACCAGAGUUCAGCUGUCACCACUCCCUCCGAACAGAGUCAGAAAUCUGUCCGGGAUGCCUUGGCUCGUUACCCCAAAACUAACCACCGAGGUCCCAUUCAGCUGUGGCAGUUCCUCCUGGAGCUGCUCCACGACCAGGCGCGUAGCAGCUGCAUCCGCUGGACUGGCAACAGCCGCGAGUUCCAGCUGUGCGACCCCAAAGAGGUGGCGCGGCUGUGGGGCGAGCGCAAGAGGAAGCCCGGCAUGAAUUACGAGAAGCUGAGCCGAGGUCUACGCUACUACUACCGCCGCGACAUCGUGCGCAAGAGCGGUGGGCGCAAGUACACGUACCGCUUCGGGGGCCGAGUGCCCGGUAUACCCUGUCGGGACUGCUCGGAGGACAGUCAAGGAACAGAGAUCCAAUAAAAAUAUCCGCUCAAACCUC